AUAAAAUGAUUAAAAUAAAAAGGGAGAGAGUGUCUGCCCAAUAGGUAAGAAGAGAGAGCAUGAUGGCAAAGUCUUUGGUGGGGCCCAUACCCAUUCUUUUCCGCCCUUACACCACUAAUUCACUAAUCACACCCCUCCACUUUUCCUUCUCCGCCCGCCACGUCACCUUUUCCGCCGCACCCAUGUCUACUCCCGCCGCCGCCGCCACCGCCACAACCACCAUCCAUCCCUCCUUCGAAAUUCUCGGCGGCGCACAUCACCGUUUACUCCCAGCCCUCCCUCGCUUGUCUCGCCCCUACCGCCCUUUCCCCCUCCUCGCCGCGAACCGUCACCUUGAAACGAUAUUCGCCGCCUUCUUCCGUUCCGUCCCCGACGUCAGGCUCCGCCGGGAGUGCCUCCGGACCCAUGACGGCGGUUCUGUAGCCCUCGACUGGGUCGCCGGCGACGACCGCCGUUUGCCCCCUGACUCUCCCGUCUUAAUUUUGCUGCCAGGUUUAACCGGAGGUAGUGAAGAUGCGUAUGUGAGACACAUGUUGAUUAGAGCUCGAAGCAAUGGAUGGCGUGUGGUGGUUUUCAACAGCCGUGGCUGUGGAGAUAGCCCUGUUACUACUCCUCAGUUCUAUUCGGCUUCGUUUUUGGGAGAUAUGCGUGAAGUUGUUUCUCAUGUCACUGCUAGAUACCCCAAUGCUAAUCUAUAUGGGGUUGGAUGGUCUCUUGGAGCCAACAUUCUUGUUCGUUACCUGGGUCAGGAGUCUCACAAUUGUCCUCUUUCUGGCGCUGUAUCAUUGUGUAAUCCUUUCAAUUUAGUUGUGGCGGAUGAGGACUUCCGAAAGGGCUUUAACAUUAUUUAUGACAAGGCCCUUUCGAAGGCUCUUUGCAAGAUUUUCAAGAAACACGCUUUACUCUUUGAAGACAUGGGUGGUGAAUAUAAUAUUCCAAUGGCAGCCAAUGCCAAGUCUGUUAGGGAAUUUGAUGAUGGACUGACCCGUGUUUCUUUUGGAUUCAAGUCUGUGGAUGAAUACUACUCUAAUUCAAGCAGUUCAGAUUCCAUAAAACAUGUCAAAACCCCCUUGCUUUGCAUUCAGGCGGCCAAUGAUCCGAUUGCUCCUAAUAGGGGAAUUCCUCGUGAAGAUAUCAAGGAAAAUCCAAACUGCUUGUUGGUAGUGACACCCAAAGGUGGCCAUCUAGGGUGGGUUGCUGGUGAUGAAGCUCCAUUGGGAGCCCCUUGGACUGAUCCUUUGGUAAUGGAUUUUAUUCAACAUUUAGAGAGAGAUGCAAUUACUGCUCCAGAAACUAACUGUAAUCCAGGAAGUAAAGAGGCCCUGUACCAUCUUGAAGUGUAAUGUUGCUUGAUCCUUUUCAUACAUCAAAUGUAUCCUUUGAAGCUCACCAAAACA